AGAGCGACGCUGUGGUGGCGCGCGCUCAAGAUUCCGAUGUACUCCGUCUGCGUCGCGCCGCUAAUCGUCGCAGCGUCGCUGUGCCACCACUGGUACGGAUGCGUCAACGCGUCGCAGUUCGGUCUGUUCGCGCUGGGCGGGUGCCUCGUCAUCGCGUGGUUGAACUUGUCGAACGACGCGUGGGACGCGGCGACGGGCGUGGACGACGACAAGGAAAUGGACGGCGGCGGGAAGCCGGAGUCGAUCGUUCGCCUCAUGGGCGGCGACGUUCACGCGGUGAAUAAAGUCUCGCUUCUCGCCGUCGGGUGCCUGCUCUCCGGGAUCGGCGCGCUCGUCAUGGCGUCCACGGUGGACGUCGCGGGGGUGAGCUCGAACGUUCUCUCCAUGCUCGGCGUCGCGGUGCUGUGCGGGCAGGCGUACCAGGGCCCGCCGUUCCGAAUGUCGUACAAGGGCUUGGGCGAGCCGCUGUGUUUCGCCGCGUUCGGCCCGCUCGCGACGGGCGCCUUUUACCUCGCGUUGGCCGCGGGCACGGGCGGCAGCGUGUGGGUGAACGCGCCGCUGACGCCGGUCUUAUCGCAGGGCGGCGUCUUCGGCGCGGCAAUCAUGGUCGGGCUCACGACGACGUGCAUCCUGUUCACGUCGCACUUUCAUCAGGAGGCGGGGGACCGCGCCGCCGGGAAGAUGUCGCCAGUGGUGAAGCUCGGCUUGGAACGCGCGAUUCGGACGCUCAGGUGCGCGCUCGCGAUCGGCAUGGGGUGGAUCGGCGCGCUGCCUCGGAUGGGCGCGCUCGCGGUGUUCUUGUGCUCCCCGCUCGCGAUCGCGAUCGCGCGGUACGCCACGGAGCACGAGGCGACGCCGGAGCGGCUGUUCAAGACGAAGUAUUUGGCGGUGCGGUGGCACGCGGCGAGUUCGCUCGCGAUGGCGAUCGGGAUAUGGUUGGAUCCGUGGUUCCCG